UACUACUUCCUCGUGAUUCCCCCUCCUUUUUUCCUCGUUGUUUAUUAAUACCCUUCCUUAGUUCUAGGGUUUUGAUUGAUCCCAUGAAUUGGGAAUUUCGCGAUUGUUCAAUCGAGCUCGCGAUUGGAAUGAAAUGAGACGGCGCCAAGUGGCGGGCGUUCUACCGGAUCAAAUGGAGAAAGGAACAGUGAAGAAUCAGAAUUCACGGAUCUGCUUCCUUGCAUCACUCUCUGCAUUCUUCUGGUUGUUGCUCUUGUACUUCCAUUUCGUUGUUCUUGGUGAUCAACCCAACAAGUUAAACCAAGUUCCAAUCAAUUUUGAAACCCCUGAACCGCUAUUCCAGAGUCCUCCAAGGAAGAAAUUUGGGUUCCCUGAGGAACAGGUGCAGGUGGAGGUGCAGGUGCAAACCCCUCCAGUAAAUAAUUUCCCCUUUAUGAGAGCACUUAGAACUGCUGAGAACAAGAGUGAUCCAUGUGGGGGAAGGUAUAUUUAUGUGCAUGAUCUUCCCUCCAGGUUCAAUGAAGAUAUGUUGAAGGAGUGUAAAAGUUUGAGUCUUUGGACCAACAUGUGCAAGUUCACCACCAAUGCUGGCCUUGGUCCACCACUUGAGAAUGUGGAUGGUGUCUUCUCUGAUACUGGGUGGUAUGCCACCAAUCAGUUUGCUGUUGAUGUGAUAUUCAGUAACAGGAUGAAGCAGUAUGAGUGUUUGACUCGUGAUUCAUCUAUUGCUGCUGCUAUAUUUGUGCCCUUCUAUGCUGGCUUUGACAUUGCACGUUAUCUUUGGGGUUAUAAUAUCUCAAUGAGGGAUGCAGCUUCGCUUGAUCUGGUUGAUUGGCUCAUGAAGAGGCCCGAGUGGAGCAUUAUGAAUGGGAAAGACCAUUUUCUUGUUGCAGGGAGGAUAACAUGGGAUUUCAGGAGAUUAUCUGAGCAAGAAUCGGAUUGGGGAAACAAGCUUCUGUUUUUGCCUGCUGCUAAGAAUAUGUCCAUGCUUGUGGUGGAAUCAAGUCCCUGGAAUGCCAAUGAUUUUGGGAUUCCUUAUCCUACAUACUUUCACCCUGCAAAAGAUGAUGAUGUGUUUGUUUGGCAGGAGAGGAUGAGGAGGUUAGAGAGGAGGUGGCUUUUCUCCUUUGCUGGAGCUCCACGUCCUGACAACCCCAAAUCAAUCAGGGGACAGAUAAUUGACCAAUGCAAGAGUUCAAAGGUUGGUAAGCUGUUGGAGUGUGAUUUUGGUGAAAGCAAGUGUCAUUCUCCCAGCAGCAUAAUGCAGAUGUUUCAGAGCUCCCUUUUCUGCCUUCAACCUCAGGGUGAUUCGUACACUAGAAGAUCUGCUUUUGAUUCAAUGUUGGCCGGUUGUAUACCUGUCUUCUUCCAUCCAGGUUCAGCAUAUACACAGUAUACUUGGCAUCUUCCUAAGGAUUAUGCCAAGUAUUCUGUCUUCAUUCCCGAGGACGAUAUUCGUAAGAGGAAUGUUACUAUAGAGGAGAGGCUGAGUCAGAUACCUCCGGAGCAAGUGAAGAUAAUGAGAGAGGAGGUCAUUAGUCUCAUUCCAAAACUAGUAUACGCAGAUCCUCGCUCUAAAUUAGAAACUCUUAAAGAUGCAUUUGAUGUUUCUGUUCAAGCAUUGAUUGACAAGGUUACCAAUUUGAGGAAGGAUAUUAUUGAAGGUCGUACUGAUGAAAACUUCAUUGAGGAAAACAGUUGGAAAUAUGCAUUGUUGGAGGAGGGACAACGUGAGGUCGGACCUCAUGAAUGGGAUCCUUUCUUCUCCAAACCGAAGGAUGGAAAUGGAGAUUCCAGUGAUUCCUCUGCUGAAGCUGCAAAAAAUUCUUGGAAAAAUGAGCAAAGAAAUCAUGUUUCAUGAAGAGGAGGUAAAAAUUGCACCUGCAGGUUUCUGAAAUGUGGUUUAAAGCAGACUCAAAUGAUUUCCCCGAAUUAGGGAAGAAUUACUGCUGUAAAAUAAUUAUUGCCGGGGUCCUGCUAUGAACAUGCAGCAGAACUUGUAUUCGAUUUAUUGAGCAGGCUUCCCUUCGUUGAAACCCCCCAGCUUGGAUAGAUAUUCUCUGCUUUCUACAGUUUUGUUAUAUAGAUUUUUCUUCUUCUGAUUUCUGCAUUAUUUAUUCUCCUUAGUGGUUCGUAGAUGUAUUUUCCAACGUUUAAUAAUUCCUUUGAUACAAUAUUU